AUAUAUGUUCUCACACCAGAAAAGAGUGAAAAGAAACAAGGCCAAUGGCGUCGCCUAACGUGAUGCCGACCGCCUCGACGACGGGAAAUAACUCCGAUCUUCCGCAUCAGCCCUCCUUAUGUUCGUCUCUUUCUACUCUACUCACCGAUCUCCAAAACCAGAACAUACUGCCAUUUUCACCGCCAUACUUGAACGAAAGCAGUAGCAUUGAAGGAGCGGGGGCGACACGCGCCGCUGAUGACGAGGUGUGGGCAGAAGAAGAAGAAGCAGGGAUGAGUUUAGAGGAUUAUUUAACGAAGGCAGGCGCCGUUAGAGAGGAAGAUGUUAUGAUUAAUAAUAAAAGAAGCAGAAGACGGAGAAGAGGUGGAGAAGAGGGUUUUCCGGUGGAUAAGGCGACGCAACAGAAACGGAGACGGAUGAUCAAAAAUCGCGAGUCUGCUGCACGCUCUAGGGAACGCAAACAGGCUUAUAUGAUUGAGCUGGAAUCAUUGGUCUCACAGCUUGAAGAGGAGAAUGCUCGCCUUCGAACUGAACAGGUUCAGCAGAGCAAGGAGAGAUUUAAGGAGCUUACAGAGAACCUCAUUCCAGUAGUUGACGAGCGAAGACCACGGCGUGUUCUUCGUAGAGUAAAUUCUGUGCAGUGGUAGCUAUAAGGUUGUUAAAUAAAUAUGUUUAUUUGGUUUGGUUGUCAGCAAAUAUAUAAAAGGUGUAUAGUGAUUAUUUCAUGGAUGUCAUUCAAUUUCUGGUAAAUCUCAUUUCAUAGUCA